AACAAAUCAGGAAUUUCCCCCUUGCCACUCCUGAGAGCACAAGAGAGGACCAAAGUUAGGGAAUAAACGUUUUUCCACUGGGAGGAGAGGGAAACCAAAUCCAAACGGAGAUAAUCUGCCUUGUUUCGUUUCAUUCUGUAGAUUUCCUGACGCGUUACGGACUUUUUAUUUUGGCUCCAGUCAGUUAGUUUUUAAUUCAUUAUGAGUGCCUAGACAUUCGUGUUGUGGACUCUGAUGGAGCUUUUCGUGGAGUAAACGGCGCACUGCAGGAAAACAACCAUCAUACUGUGAUUUGCAAGUUUGGGGUUUUAUUACUUUUUUUUCUUUUCUUUUUGCAGGCGUGUGGCGGCUGGGAUCUGCGUCGCUGGUCAUUUUGGCUGUUGAGUUUCUCGAUGGCGUAGGUGGUGGCAGGACUUCCCUUUUUUUUUAAGGAAAACAAACUAAGGAAGAAGGAUCUAACAGCCUGUUUAUCGAGCACAUGCGUCUGGAUUAUGUGCGUGGAUGAAUUCGGAGUGCGUAAAGUUGAGUGAGACCCCACCACCGUUACUUCUGGAGACGGGAAAUGCGGAGUAAAUACGGCGUCUAGAAGGAUGCUGCUGCUUCUACAAUGGAAGUGAAGAGCUCUGUUGCUGUGGUCGCGGUGGUUUGCGUCUUCUUCUGCUCCGUUUUCAGCCAAGAACUCAACCCCAAAGGAAGAAAUGUGUGCAAAACACUCGGAUCAUCAGGAUCGGUGUGCUGCAGCGGAUGGCAGCGGCAAGGGGAUGAAUGCCUGACACCUCUCUGUGAAGGAAACUUCACCUGCAACGAAAAUGAGGUUUGUGUCAGGCCUAACGAAUGCCGCUGCCGCCAUGGAUACUUUGGAGCGAGCUGUGACACAAAGUGUCCAGCCCAGUUCUGGGGCCCUGACUGCAAAGGAAAAUGCAAUUGCUACCCCAAUGGCCAGUGCGAUGACUUGACUGGCAAGUGUACCUGCAACCACAAUCGGUGGGGACCGAACUGUGAGAAUGCAUGUCUAUGCCAAAAAGGCAAGUGCGACCAGGACACCGGGAAGUGCACGUGCCACCCCGGCGUCUGGGGUCCGCAGUGCAACAACAACUGCUACUGCAGCAUCAACUCCAUCUGCGAUGCCAUGACGGGACGGUGUCUGUGCAAUCCGGGCUGGACUGGGAGAAACUGUGCGAUCCAGUGUAACUGCAACAAUUCCCCAUGUGACCAGUUCACCGGACGCUGCCAGUGCCGGGACAGGCUCUGGGGCCCGCGAUGUGAGCGGUACUGCCAGUGCGUGCACGGCAAGUGCAACCAGGCCGACGGAUCGUGUACCUGCACGCCCGGCUACCGUGGGAAGUUCUGCAGGGAACCAUGUCCUGCUGGAUUUUACGGUCAAAACUGCAGGAACAGGUGUGGGCACUGCAAAGGCCAGCAGCCCUGUAAGGUGACGGAGGGACGCUGCAUCACCUGCGACCGGGGCUGGAACGGGACUCGCUGCGAUCAGCUCUGCUCCAAGGGCUUCUUUGGAGAGAACUGCCAGGAAGUGUGUCCCACCUGUAAAGACGGCCACCACUGUGACCCCAUCCAUGGCAAAUGCUCGCACUGCAACCCCGGCUGGAUUGGGGACAGGUGCGAGGUACGGUGCCCUAACGGCACAUACGGCGAGAACUGUGAGAACAACUGCAGCCACUGUUUCAACGGCAUCUGUCAUGUUGUCACCGGAGAGUGCCUCUGUGACCCGGGGUUUUACGGCACCUACUGCAACAUGACCUGCCAACCUGGCCAGUACGGAGUCAACUGCAACCAAAGCUGCUCUUGCCACGACAAGAACUGUGAUCCCGUCUCGGGUGCCUGCCAUCUCCAGCCGAACCAGCGGAUGGGUGUGAUUGCAGCUGGGACGCUGGUCUCCUUCUUGCUGAUCGUCCUCCUCUCGCUGCUGUGCUGCUGCUGCCUCUGUCGAAACAAAGACGACCACAACAAAAAAGCCAAGCGGAUCCUCUGUGGACGAUUCAGCCGAAUCAGCACUAAACUUCCCCGUAUUCCACUGAGGCGACAGAAACUGCCCAAAGUAGUCGUCGCUCACCACGACCCAGAAAACACCUUCAACUGCAGCUUCAUCGAGCCGCUGUCCGUAGCCGAGCAGCCCUCCCCCUCCUCCUGGUCGUCCCAGGAGUCCUUCUCUUCCUUUGAGAGCGGAGACGAGGGACCCGUUUACUGCGUUCCCCAUGAAGAAUCUGUGAGUGAAAGCAAAGAGAAGCGAACCCCGAGUCCCGCCACAGAGAAGCCAGAAGCAGUCCUUAAUGAAGAGGAUGCAGGGGAGUACACGUCCCUCAAAGACACAAGUGUCACCAAACCGGAGGGUAGCGAGCAGCCCCUACUCAAGUCCUCUGACAGCGAAGGCUCCACCAGCGGCUCUGAGUCCACCACUGCAGCCCUCUACGCCCGCAUCGCUCGCCUUUCCAAGCAGUCCAAAGACGAAGAGGGCAGUGGCAAGGAUGGGGACGGGACGCCUACACCAGAGGCCAAGCGGAAUGGGAAGCCGCCACCAUCACCUGGCAAGCUUAAACCACGCCCUCCAGACCCUUCCACCAAGCCCAAGGUGUCAUGGAUUCAUGGAAAUACCACGGGGUCUCCCCUGCCGGAGCAGCAGGGGGGAAUGAAGGCACUUGCGGUGCCAAAGGAGAAAAAGAGGAGUGCCAGCGAUGGCUCGUCCAAGAGUGAAGAGCGACAGAAAAUGAAGGAAAAGGUGAAGGAGUCAGAUACCAAUGGGUCACCCAGCAAACACAAGCCUCUGCGAGGUAAGAAGUCUGGGGAUGAGCAAAGCAGUCCAAGUCACAUGGAGCACAUCAAUGGUGUUGUUCAGAAUGCUCUCAAGAAGAUCAGUAACUUCCACAGCUCCUCGUCUGAAAAAAAGAGUGCUGACAGUCCUAAGCAGACCAUUAAAGAGCCUCCUAAAAGUCCAAAAGUCAUCCAUCCUCAUAUGAACUCGGAGGCUGCCACGCUGCUGGCAGCUCAGUUAAAGGAGAAAACACAAAGCAUCAAUAGAAAUGAGGGGACAGGACUGAAAACCAAUGGCCUCUCCACUCCCAAGUCGAACCGGGAGAAGCCCACACCUCCACAGAAAGCAAAGAGGACGGCUUCUGGCGGAUUGAGCCAGCAAGGCUCCACAAAGCCUCUGCUGCCCACCUCGAGCAGUCUCCAGAAGAUGGUGGCGCCUGUGGCCACCAACGUCGGGACCCCCGACUCCAAGAGCCCGGAGAAGCAGGACUUGAACGGCUCCAGGGUAGGGGACUCGUCAGAUCCAACGCCAAAGAAGACUCCCAUAAAAAAGCCACCCAGGAAGAAAGGCAAAGAGGGUACAUUGGAUACGCCUGAAAGCAAAACCCCUCAGCAAAAGACAGCCAUUAUGCCACCACAGGUUGUGAAAUAAGGGUUUUUAGUGACACAUUGCACAAAGUUUGAAAUGUAUUUCGAGAAGAAGAAAAACAGUGGACAGCAAAAUAGGUUACCCAUCAAGGAAAUCAACCCAAUCCAAUCAAGGAGUUUAAUCUUUCCGUGCAAGUGUGCUAUGACACGAGGACAAGUCAAGAUUGGAAUAUUCUUCCAAAUCUAAGAGUGGAUUUGAGUUGUACAGGAGAGAUAAACUAUAUAAACAUAUAUACACCAUUAUAUCACAUUUCAAGAAUUCAACAAACUUGUAUCAUCCUCGCAGCGCAACCUGUGGUGAAGCUGGCUACAACUAUGAGGACAGUGGCACCAAUAUCUUUUCAAGAGUUCAUUCAUCUCUAUUUUUCUGCUGCAGUACAUCCACCACUAUAUUUAUAUAUGGAUUGCUUAACAGUGAUUUUUCAUGCUGGUGAUUUAAAAACAGUUAUUGUUUAUAUGCUCUUCACAGGUACAACAGGUACAACAAAAUUUAGCAACUGCAAAGUUUUUUUACUGGUGUCCUCUCAUUUGGAGGCCACCUGAAGAAAUGCAGUAUGUAAUCCAGAUAAAGAGCUACAUUUUUAUGUCAACGGAUGUCUUUGCAGGUUACAAACUACACUAGUGUUAGAUUGGAGGAACUUUUGUAGUUUUAUUGCAACUUACUGGAUAAUUUCACCCUUCCAUUUUCAUCCUGAGGUUUAAAAGUACUUUUUUUCUGGAACUGGAUAUCAUCUUAUUUUUCACAUCAAACAGUUGUUUGUUUUACUCAAACUUAUAUUUUCACUGUUCCAAACUGUGUUGGAUGAAACUAGUUAAGUCCCAAACGACUUGAUCUUUAAACCAAAACUCCUACCAAGGACUUGAUUCAUACAUUUGCUAACACCAGAUCACCAGAAUGUGCUCUUACUGUUCGUUUUAUAGCAUCAGGUAAACCACUAAGCCAAAGAUGAAACGCCAAGCCAUCAUAUCCUCCUUGUGCAAUUGAUUAUGUUUUCAAAAUAUUCACAUUCAGCAUCGUCGUCGCCAGUUUGGAGACAGUCUGCCUUGUGUUGUUUUGUUUUGUUUAGGUUCUCGCAGAAAAUUAGGUCGAUGUUAGAAUUUGAGUUAUAGACGUUUCAUGUGAGUUUGUAUAUGCCGUAGGGGUACUCAGUGGAAAAAAGUCAAAGGCCGUCUUGUCCCUUGACAGUCGUUUUAUCUUAAGCACGCUGAGGUAAAAAUAGGUGCUUUGACUUCAUUGUUGUGGGCUGAGACUCUUGGACUACAUGGUACUCUGCAUUACAGUGUUAAAAAAAUGUGCCUCAACUGUGGAUCAGUUCAAGCAAAAAGUGAUGUUUGCCUUACUCUGUUACGAAUGUUCAGUUGCGAUGUUUGAUCCAAUUGCAUAAAACCAGAAAAAGUGAUUGGGGGAUGUUUAAAUUCAGUAUACUUCAACCAGUAAGAUUUCACAGUUACAGCUAGUUUGCGAAAAAGAAAAAAAAAAAACUUUGUAUUUUGUGUUUUGAUAAAGGUACAACUUAUUUCUUCGGUUAUUUUUUUUUUCUACUUUUUACUUGUAUACGUUGUGUACUUUUUAUUAUCUUUGUAAGCUGUGCUUAUGUGACCUGUUUAGGUUCUUCUGUUUUUCUUGGUGUAAAAAUGAACUGGCUUCUCUUUUGUGUCUUGGGUGGGUGGGGCUGGGGGGGUUCCGAAACAAACCUGCAGUAUGAGUACUUUCCUUCUGUAAAGUUUACAUUGGCUUGGUAAUUGUUCUCUGUUGAUGUUAUUGUUUGUGUAACACUUAACUGCAUGACGCAGAGUGUAAUUAUAUGGCAUUAAUAGCUGCUGAGGAAAUCUGUAACCUUCUUGUUCCUUCCAUUUGUUAUUAUUGCCUCCCAUAAAAACUUGUACAGAAAGGAUUGUACAGCACUACUAUAAUACCACUUUUGAAAUAAUUGCAUACUCCUGAAGUCAUAAUAUUGUGUAAUUUUGAAGUGGCAAUUUCUAUUCUCUCUCUCUCGACUGGCCCAUGCCUGUUUUCAUAGGCAUACAGUGCAUUUUUGUAAAGAAGGGCCUGAAAAGCUGCAAAAACAUUACCAAAUGUAAUAUUUUGUCUUUUUGUGGUUUGUUUAUAGAAACUUUCAUUUUGUGUAUUAAAUGGGUGUUUCUUCAUUUACUUCUUGGAAUAAAAAAACCCCACCAUUGUA